AUGCCUUUCCCACAUGUCGGUCAAGACCAUCCGGCCAUCCAAUGGGUGUCAGCUAGUAAAGGAUAUAUUCCUGAAAAUGCAUUUCGUGUAAGCGGAAAAGCAAUUGGACGUGGCAUCGAUGUAUAUGGUGGUAUACAACCUGGAUAUAUCAGUAAAUCAAAGAAAGCUUUAGUUGUCGAACAUAGUCAUCAACAAAUGUUAAUUUCAAAAUAUGAAGUAUUGGUUCCGGCUCGAGGUUAUAGUGCUUUAACCGAAAAUGAAACUUUAUUCGAUUGGAUUCCUAUGUCUGGUACUCUAGAUCAAACAAAAUUUAAUUUUACUCCCUUAAAAGGUAAUAGGGAUGAAUUAUAUAUUGCUAGAAUUUGGGAUGACGGAAAAUGGAUUAUUGGUAAAGCGGGAAAUCCAUUACCAGGCAUUCAUUAUGUUGCUUCUGGCGUUGCUAAAAUCGGACAAAAUUAUGAAAUUCUCGCAAUUAAAUCACGAUUGGAUUUGAAUAAAAAUUCAAUUUCGGAAAUGAAAAACUUGAACAAAUUUGCUUUAAAAGAGUGGGUCGAACUUAUCUCGGACCCAAUUAAAUUGAGUAAUAAGAAUCAAUUAGUUUUUGAGCAUUCUGAUCUACCUAUGGUGAGCAAUGAGUUGUCAGUGACAUUGCAGCUGAAACUCCAGAGUCAUAUAUCUAAUUGGGCAACAAUAUUUCAUAAAGGUAGAUAA